GCCGGCCGAGAUGAGCGCCGGCGAGGCCGAUGCGGGGCCGGAGGCCGAGCCGGACUCGGAGGGGGCCACCGGCAGCGGCGUGCCUGGGGGCAGCGGCGGCACCCCGCGCAUCAGGGUGCCCAAUUUGAACUCCGACGACCCGCAGGAGCGAAUCGCCGCCCGCCGACUCCGCAUCAAUGCCCGGCUCGAGGCCAAGCGCAGGGAGGCCCUUGGAGAAGAUCCAGAUGCAAAGAGGCAUGUGGAGGAAGAAAAGAGCAGGAGCCACAAACAAAUUGAAGAGAGCAGACAGAGACUGGCCAAGCUACUCAUUGAUGGCACACAACUAGUGACAAACAUCCAGGUGGCAGCUGAUGCUCGGGAGACACAGAGGAGAUCAGAGGAAGAGGAGCUGAGUCGGCAGAGGCUCGAGAAGCUGGAAAAUGAAGCCAAGGCCAAUCAGGACAAGUUUGAUGAAAUCACCUCCAAGUGGGGCAAUGCCAAGGAGAAGACCAUCCCCCAAGACUUGUGGGAUGUACUCAACUUGCAGCAGCAGCAUUGUGCACUGUUGAUUGAGGAGAAGAACAAACUCAUCAGUGAAUUGCAGCAGGAGUUGAAGAGUAAAGAUGACCAGUAUGUGAAGGACCUCAAGAAGCAGUCGGAUGAUGUUAAUCUUCUUCUGGAGCGAAUGGAGGAGCAGAUCAAGAACAUUAUGAGAAACUACCGCCGAGAGCUCUUGCAGAUCGAGAAGGCCUUUGAACAGGAGCGCCAUGAACUACUGACAAGCAACAAGAAGAAAUGGGAGCAAGCCAUGCAAGCCCUCAACCAGCAAGAGUUGGAGUUCAUGAUAGCCCGCUUUAAGAAGGUGGAAGAAUAUGAGCGGGAGUUGCACCAGCUGCGGGUGCAAGAUGCCGAGGAAUACAACGUUAUCAAGAUCAAGCUGGAGCAUGACGUGCAGGUCCUAGAGCAACAGCUCCAGCAAAUGAAAGCCACCUACCAGCUGAACCAAGAGAAGCUGGAGUACAACUUCCAGGUGCUGAAGAAGCGAGAUGAGGAGAAUACCAUUAUCAAAUCACAACAGAAGAGGAAGCUUAAUCGAUUGCAUGACGUGCUUAACAACUUGCGCAUGAAACUGGCCAGGCAGAUCAAGCAGUACCGUGAGGAGAACCAGACUUUGACAGCUGACUACAAGCGCAUUGUGGAACAAUACAAGGAUCUGCAGAGAACCAUGAGACAUUUUGCCAUAGUAGAUGCUGAGCACUUCUUGGAGGUAUGGCUGAUGAAUGAGGAGGAGGCCAAGGGUCUGAUCAGCAAAGCCCUAGAUGCUGACCGGGUCAUCAACAUGCAGCAGCUGGGCUUGUCCUGGGUGGAGCCGGACAGCUGGUUUCUGCGCAACGUGGGGCCUAUUGUACGUCAGAAGAAGAAGAAAUCGGCCACCGAGCUGGCCCAGGAGGUGAUGUUAUCGAAAUCAAGCAGAAUGGAAUGGGAGCUUACUACCCAGUCAGAAGAUGGUACGCCAGAUAAGAAGGAAGCAACCCCUGAGGAGGGCAUCAAGGAGACUCUGGACUCUGAAUCAGAGGUCCCAAGGAUCUGGUCCAUCUCGCCUGCAACUGUUAAGCACGUCUUGGAGCUCCUGUGUGAUGAGUCAGGUUUUGUGAUCGAGAGCAAGCUGCGGGGUCUCCUCCAGCCUCUAGAGAAGCAUGACCGCACCCUCAUGAAGCUGGACUCCAUUUUCAUGGCCCUGUCAGUUGAUAAUGAAGAUGAUGUGUAUUACAUGGUAGACUUCUUCAUGAAGUACAAAGCUAGGCAGAUGACCUUUCAGGAGCCAGGGGUGAUGGCAGACGCAACUUCCGAAGAAGCAUCUCUAGAUGCAGAAGCAACUGGUGAAGAAGAGGCCUCUUCUUUAACACAAGAGGAGUCCAAGGGCCACGUGGUCUCAAACAUAGACCCCUCCACUAUCUACAUGCACCCCAAUGACAUCCUGAAGGCCCUCAAGGCUUUUGUGCAGGAGUUCAAGGAGCCAAGGAGGAAACACCCCAAUUUGAAGAAAGUGCCUGAAGAGCGAGACAACUCGAAGGACUCUGACUAUUGGGACAUGUUGUCCCACGUCAUUCCAGAUGGAAAGCUGAAGCUGUGGGAUGCACUCAUAGAAGCCUUGCAGAAAUAUAAUUACAUUCUGACUCAAAGAGACAAGUUGAUCACGGAGACAGAUGGGCUACACAAGCGAAACAUGGAACUGCGGAUGCUGCUCCAUCGGUACCUGCAUUCCCCGGUCAACGUGGAACUGCUGAUCCCUCCCACCCACCUCCUGAACCUGCAGCUCAGUCCCCCAUGAUAUUCUUCUCUGCUGGAGCAACGGGGCCAGUUGCUUCCCUGGAAGCCUCAUCUCUUCUUUGCCUGGCACAUAAGUUGGAGCCAUUCGAGGAAGAUGGCUGGGGUUACUUGCUUGGGUUGACUUCUAAAGAGGCCAAGUGGGGAUGAGGAGAGAGUUGCCCUGUGGCUUUCUCUACUAUCCUUGAGUGCUCACUCAGGCAAUGUGUUGAUGAGCAGCCUCCUCCAUGAGAUGUCAUGGGAUCCGCCCUCCCCCCCUCCUUUUAUUUGCCUGGCAAGAACUUUUGGGGGUGGGGUGCGGGGUUGAACUGGUUUUGCAAAUGAUGAAAUUAGGACUUGGAAUACUUUGGACAAUCCAAAAUCUUGCAUGCUUUAGAGCAUUCACAAAACCAGAAACCCACCCCACCUGCCGUCCAGUGACCUUAACGGUAGGUUGCCAGAAGUGCAUUUUCUUAAAUCCCCUGAUGCAGCCAGAACAAAGGUGGCUGUGGUUCCUUCCACCCCUCCCUGGCCCUGCCACCUGUUCUCUGUGGCUCACUAUGGCAAGCAGUGUUCUGGAUUAUGCCGCCUAGCUGUUGUGGAGAGGAGGGAGGUGGCACAGGGUAAGUGAUGGAGCCCUGCAGGGGAGAGGGGAACCACAGCUGUAUCUUUAUGUAAAGGUCCACUUUUAGUGCCCUGAGGAAGUCUGGAUCGCAGUAAGUCACAUGGAUCACAGCAACUUAGGGGCAGAUCCUGGGUGGAUUGCAUAGACUGUUGAGCACUGGGCUUCUGAGAAGGGGGGGUGAUCUUCUGCACUUCAUUGGUAAUUCUAGUUACUCCUCAGGCUCUCUCCCUUGCCUGCCAUUUUAUUUGUGUAUGUUCAUUGCAGAAAUGCAUGAUGGAAGGGCUGUUUAUAGGUAUUAUAAGGGAGAAGAAGC